UCGAUGUUUGUUAUUCUCCUGAAAACUUUGUUCUGUGAUACUUUUAUUAAAUUGCUUACUGUAAUGAAAAUAAUUCCUCUGAUUCUAAAAUAAUAAGCUUCUGAAAUGGCGGACAUUGAGGACAGUACAAUCUUUACGGAAUGUUGUCGAACCUGCAUGGCCAAUUCAGCAACUAAUAUGAUUAAUAUUUUUGCUGUUAAAAACUCAGUGAGUCCAGCUGAUUUAAUUACAACUUGUACUUCAAUUAAGAUAAGCUAUACAGAUGUAUUACCGAAGAAUAUUUGUGACAGUUGUUACAAAUCUUUAUUAGCCUUUUACGAAUUUAAAAAACACGCUGAAGAAGUUGAUUUUAAAUUUCACACCAAAGAAAUAGAACAUGAGACGGUUGAAAUUAAAUUUGAGGAACCCCAACAUUUAGAUAUUAAAGUUGAGUCCGAUGAACAGGAAUGUGCUCAGGAUUCACAUGAAUGCAGUAUGACUUCAGAAUCUUUCCGGGAAUUACCAAAUGUACAACACAAGGCAAAACAAUUACAUAAAUGUGACAUCUGCGACAAAGAAUUCCCAAAAAAAUCUAAACUAGAGAGACACAAACGCACACAUGAAAAUUUUUCAUACACUUGCGAUUUGUGCUUUCAAACAUUCAAAUUCCAUUCCACGUACGUAAAGCAUUUAGUUCGACACAAUCAAGUAAAUAAAGUGGAAACUGGAGAGCAAAAUGAGAACCAAAACUUUGACUGUAAUAUAUGCUUGGCAAGUUUUAAGUCCAUGCAAUCACUAUCCGGGCACAUGCGCAAACAUUGUAACAAAGGCCGUAUACUUAGUUGUGCGGUAUGCCAGAAAGUAUUUAAGAAAAUGAGUCACUUGAAAAGACAUGAGCUUAUCCAUGAAAUAAAUAGGCCUUACAAGUGUUCUAUAUGUCCAAGGACCUUUACAUCGGAGAUUAUUUGUAAGGAACAUGAGAACAAGCAUGCAGGUGUGAAGAGUCAUGUUUGUCCGUUCUGCUCAAAGACAUUUUCACAUUUAUCAACACUGAAUACACAUAUAAAAAUACAUACUAAAGAAAAGUCGUAUUUGUGUCCGUUCUGUGGAAAGAAGUUUGACUCUAGUAAUAAUCUAAAUGAACACACAAAGAGGCAUAUAGGUUUGAAGUUGUUUGCUUGCAGUUUGUGUCCAAAACGAUUUGUCAGCAAAGGUGAGCUAAAGUCCCACGGCACCACACAUUCCGGUGAACGGGCGUACACUUGCGAGCAGUGCGGUGGGUCCUUUACCAAGCGCAGUUCAUUGGCCAAACAUAUGUUGAGGCAUCGGGGCAUCAAGCCACACCAGUGCGACGCCUGCCCCAUGAAGUUCGCAAGCAAGGACCACCUGAAGCGUCACUACAGAAUACACACCGGUGAGAAACCGUACCGCUGCGAGCUGUGCGAUCGCGCGUUUACACAGAGCAACGACCUUGCCAAACACAGGCGGACUCAUCUCGGCAACAUGCUGUACAAGUGUGCGCAAUGCUCAGAAAGUUUCCGUCUGAAGACUGAACUCCAGAACCACAUCUCGCAACACUUCGCCACACAACUAGCUUCUGUGGUCGGUAACUUAGAGUCGAAGGUAAAACCUGUCCAAGACUACACGGGGGAAAUCAGAGAUGAAUGACGUGAGAGGGAAAUGUGACUA